AUGGGGUAAUUAUGCUUUAGAGAAGAAUAAGAACCAAGAGCUGCUUCAAAGAACAUGAAUCGUAUGAGUUCAGCUAGCAAGUUGAUAGAUUAAGCACCUUCUAAAUAAGUAGCUUAUCGCUUUACAAAUGAUAACUUUGAAAAUAUAAACAAUGAAAAAAAGUACUUUUACUCUAUGUUUUUCUACAAUAAAAUAUAAAAAAAAAUACUCAAACUGUCUCAUGUGAGCAAAAAAAAGAGUAACGAGCUUUCAUUUUAGCACAUUUAAAGAUUGAUAGCAUCUCUUCAAUAGUACAUUUAGUAUUUACAGACUAUAUAAGAGAAGUUUUAGUUGUAUGAUUAAGUUUAUGAAGAGAGUGAAAAAGGUUACCUUGAGAGUGAAGCUUACUCUUUGAGUUUUGAUGAUUCACUUAGAAAUUUAACCUUCCCUUAAAAUACGAACCCGAAUGGAAAUGGAAGCAUUCUUGGAUAACAAGUUAAGAGGCUCACUCUUGCGAAAACAAUAAGCUAAACAAAUUAGGUAUAAGAAGAGUCUCUUGAAACAGAAAAUAAUGAAAACAUUGAUAAUAACCAAAGUACUCAAUCAACUAACAAUUAUAAUCAAAUAAUCCCUAAAUUUAAUCCUCAGGAAGCCAGCGAGCAUCUAUAAUAGUAACGUAUGUCUGCAUUGAAGGCAGCACAAGAUCAUCACUAAGAUUAUUAAGUUGAAGAACAUGAAAAAAUUAUUAUUAAAGAUACAAACAGCUGCAGUAGUGUGCUAUUAUAUGAAAUUGAUAGCGAAGCAGAAAGAGCAUGUAGCAACCAAUCAAAUAAUAUGCAUAAUCAGAAUAAAGAAAGUGAUCAUUUUAGCCUUUUAGAAACAAAUGAAAAGCACCUAUAAACUAUAUAUGAAGAAUAAACUAAAGAUAAUAAUUUCUUCAGUAGUAAUGUCUUUACAAAUAACUCUUAAAUUUUUUUUGGUGACUCAAAUAUUUUAUCUUAAAUCUCCAUCAAUGAUUUACAGAAUGCUCUUCCUAAUUAUGAAGUCUCUGAAAUAUUCGGAAGAAUCUCAGAAAGACUAGAAUAGCCUAUUUUAAUUGUAGAAAUGCAUAAAAUUUCAUAAGAAAGUAAAGUUAGAGUUUCUUCUUACAGAAUUUAGUUAGAGGUACUGUUUGAGGAGGGAGGCAAGAAACAAAAGCAAAGCUUUUUUACAUAAAACCUUAUCUAAUCUGCUCCAUCUUCAGAAAACUGCAAUUUGGCAGAUAUAAACAUAAAUGAAAUAUUUGAAUUCAUGAGUGAAAUCCAUUUAUCUAACUAAUCAUAUACUAAAUUUAGAAUCACUGUUUACUACACCCCUAUUAAAAAGGAAAGCCCUUCAAGAAAAGAAAGCGAAGAAAAUAGUCCUCAAUUAAAGUAGAAAAGCAAAAAAUAAAAUUUGUCAGUUUAGUCAUCAAAAGAACAAACUUAAUUAUCAGAUAGCUCUAAAAACCACGUAGGAUACGGAGACGAUAAACAAGGAAUAUCAUCAGCAUCCUCUUCCUCUUCUGGUUCCUCCAAUAACAACUAAAAAAAUUUGACAACUGCAAUAUAGUAAGAUAACCAAACUCAAAACGACGAUCCCAAAUUUAACUCAAGCGAAAAAAUGUUAGACUCAAAGCAAAGCGAAGAGAUUAAAUUAAGCAGUCAAGUGAUUGACCUCAAAGAUUACAUGGAUCAAGAUAUUUAAUAUUUAAAUUUAAAAUUUACAAAUAAAUCUAUAAAAUAAAAACUGAACUCAAACCCAAUAAAAUUAACCCUAUAAAUGAGGUUUUAGUUUGUAUACGAUUAAAGAAGUCUUGUAAACAAUUUAAUGAAUAACUUGUGUUCAUAAAAAAUCAUUUUAGAAGAAAUAAUUGUAAAUAUUGCUAACGAAUACAAUGGAAAUGGUAAAAGCCAAGUUAGCAAUAAUAAUAACAAUAACAAUAAUACCAAUUAAUAACAAACAAAUUAAAAAUGA